GGCUCGGCAGAACAGCGCGGCCACGCGUCCCCAACGUCCCCGAUCGCGUGCCCCAACCGCCACCGUGUACCCGGGACGCCAUGGGGGGCCCGCGCUGUGCCCCGCUACUGCUACUCCUGCUGCUGUCGCCUCUGCUCACGCCGCCCGCCGGGGAUGCCGCGGUCAUCACCGGGGCUUGCGACAAAGACUCGCAGUGUGGAGGAGGCAUGUGCUGCGCUGUCAGUAUCUGGGUUAAGAGCAUAAGGAUCUGCACACCCAUGGGCCAAGUGGGAGACAGCUGCCACCCCCUGACUCGGAAAGUUCCAUUUUGGGGGCGGAGAAUGCAUCACACUUGUCCCUGCCUGCCAGGCUUGGCGUGUUUACGGACCUCUUUCAACCGGUUUAUCUGUUUGGCCCGGAAGUGAUCCCUCUGAAGCAGGAACUUGAAGUAUGAACCUCCCCUGCACAAUGUCUGUCAAGUCUCACUUGUGAGUGUGUCAAACAAAGAAUAUGCCAGAAAGAAACGCUCUCGCUUCCUCAACUUCCCAAGUCACAUUUCAAGGUGACUUUUUUUUUUUUCUUUUCGAAGGAGAGUUUUGAUUUUUGGAUAAACGUAUAAAGGGCACAGCAUCCUGGAACGACUUCUCAUUUCCCUGUUUAUGUUUCGGCUUGGCAUUUUUUUUUGAAUACCAGUAACAACCGUGUUCACAAACAGGAGAAUAAGAGUAGGUAUUUUGUUGCAGAAGCUUUGUUUUUGUCCUUUGCAGCCCCUCUGUCCAUCCUGCCGAGCGCACAGACAUGCCCUCCCUUCAGAGACUCUGAUGGUCCUCACUUUAGCCUAGCGUUCUAAAGUGGGGUCU